AUGAAUUCAACAUCAGGAAUCUCGAGCAAAGACCCCAUCGCGGCAGGACCGGCUGAUGUGUCAUCGUCGCCUAGACAAAAGGCCGAGGAAACCCAACCUAUGUCGCCGACGUCGCCACAGUGUCGGGCGGGUUGGAGACCAUCGCCGCUCCCUAGAUGGCUACAACUACGCAUCAAGGCCAGCAUACCUUUCAACAGAUCCCACCGGCACGGACUCGAGCAUGUGGUUGUGCUACCUUUUAACAAAGUCGCCAAGCUCGAUGUUCACGUCACUGAGAUCGCGGCCUUGAACUUUGUACGUGCGAACACGUCAAUACCCGUCCCAGAAAUCCUUGAAGUUUACCACGAUGCCAAGCACGAAGGUUUUGCCAAUAUUGUCAUGACCAAGAUUCCUGGCAAUGACCUGUCGAAAGUAAUGGAUAAGAUGAGUGACGCGGAGCUCAAGGCGGUCGUCAAGGAGCUAUCGGGGUACAUCAUGCAGCUUCGGCGCUUCGAAAAGGACGCCGGCGACAAGACGCCGGCGGUAGGUGGGGUAGGCGGCAUCGCCGGCUUUGACACCCGCAUCGCCUCGAGGCCAUUUGGCCCGUUCUCCACGAUAGCGGAUUUUCAUACCUACAUACGCCGCAGGGAGCCUAUCGAGCAUUGGGAACAUGAGCCCAGCGUGAUGGCGGUCCACGGAAGGCCAGAGGGGGCGUACGAGCUCAAGCUGACACACAACGAUAUUGCGCCGAAAAACAUCCGGGUCAAGCAUGGUAAAAUCACUGGGAUUAUUGACUGGGAGUUUGCGGGCUGGUACCCUGAGUACUGGGAGUAUACUAGGCUGUUUCAUCCAGGUGAACAGGAAGGCCUGAGAAGGUGGUAUAAUGCCAUUGAAGAGGAAGACGGCAUUUGUAAGUACAAGAUUGAAAAGCAAUCGGAGGAGGCGAUUUGGGAGAUGCUUGGACCUUUCGGGUUUGAAUGA